AUGGCGCCUUCACUUGUAAUCGCUGUGGCGAUGUUUCUCCAAGCCGCUACGAUGGCGGCAACCGCGCUUAGCCUAUCGCUGCUGGGCUGCCCGAGCUCGUGUGGCAGCAUGGUCAUCCCUUACCCGUUCGGCGUCGGCGAGGGCUGCCAUCUCGCCGGCUUCGCCGUCACCUGCAACCGCUCCUACCACCAACCGAAGCUCUUCCUCGGCGACGGCGGCGGCGCAACUGAGGUUCUUGAGAUAUCCAUCCUAAACUCCACGGUGGUCGUCAGCAGCGCCUUCGACGCCGCCAAAGGCGAGGAGGGCGCCUGGGGCCGCGGCCUCGGCGGCGCGUUCUACCUCCAGGAGCGGCGGAACCGGCUCGUCGUCGUGGGCUGCAACCUGCAGGCCGCCCUCCUGGACGACGACGACGACGGGCAGCGCGACAUCGUCGCCGCGUGCACCACCAUCUGCGGCACCCGGCCGGCCGGCCGGGCCGCGUCCUCCGACGACUCGUGCACCGGCGUUGGGUGCUGCCAAGCUUCCAUCUACCUAGGCCUCACGUCGUACAGCGUCCAGCUAUCACCCUUCGGCACACGCAGCACUGGGCCGCCGCCGACUACCACCUCCUCGCCUAACCUGUCGGCGGCUCUCGUGUUCAUCGCCGACAGCGAGUGGUUCGCCGGGAACGCCAGUAAGCUCGGAUCAUCAGCGCGGCAACCGGGCGGCGGCGGCGACAUGCCGGCGGUGCCGGCCGUGCUAGACUGGGCGAUCGGGAAGUCGGGGUGCCCGGCGAAUGGGUCGUCGGACACGGCCUGUCGCAGCAGCAACAGCUACUGCCGCAGCUCUACCAGCACCUCGCAUGGCGGCUACUCGUGUCGGUGCAGCAGCGGGUACCAGGGCAAUCCUUACGUUGCAGGUGUCAAGGUAGAUAUCGAUGAGUGCGCUAUGCUAGAAGAGCACCCCUGCUAUGGUGAAUGUACAAACAAGCCAGGAUCGUUUUCGUGCUCGUGUCCGGGUGGGACGCACGGUGAUGCUCUGAACGAAGGUGGAUGCGAACCAACGAUUCUGCUUGUGGUUAUAGGAGGCAGCAGCGGCGUAGGGAUUCCAUCUCUGUUUGUGAUUGCCAUGGCAGUAGCAUACAUACUCAAGGCACGGAAAGCCAAGAAACUGAGAGCCACAUUCUUCAAGCAGAACCGUGGAUUACUGCUGCAACAACUUGUUGACAAGGUGAUUGCUGAAAGGAUGAUGUUUACCUUGGAAGAGCUCGAGAAGGCCACAAACCGGUUUGACGAGACAAGGAAGCUCGGCAGUGGCGGCCAUGGCACUGUCUACAAAGGCAUCUUGCUAAACGGGGGCGCCGUUGCCAUCAAGGAAUCAAACAUGGCGGUGCGAAAGGAGAUCGACGAUUUCAUAAACGAGGUUGCCAUUCUUUCGCAAAUCAACCAUCGCAAUGUCGUGCAGCUAUUUGGAUGUUGUCUUGAAACACAGGUUCCACUGCUGGUGUACGAGUUCAUAUCAAACGGAACACUUUCGGACCAUCUUCACGUUGAAGGCCCCAAAUCCUUGUCAUGGAUGGAUAGAUUGAGGAUUGCUCUCGAAGCUGCAAGUGCUUUAGCUUAUUUACAUUCAUCCGCAUCCAUAUCAAUAAUUCACAGGGAUGUUAAGUCUGCCAACAUAUUACUUGAUAGUCACUUAACAGCAAAAGUAUCGGACUUUGGAGCCUCUAGGGGCAUUCCAGUUGAUCAAGCUGGUGUGACAACCACGAUCCAAGGCACGUUUGGAUAUCUAGAUCCUGAAUAUUACCAAACGGGUAGAUUGACGGACAAGAGUGACGUGUACAGCUUCGGUGUCAUAAUUGUGGAGAUGCUCACAAGGAAGAAACCUACUGUUUUUACAUCAUCGGACAAUGUCGGUCUGAUUGCACUUUUCAAUUUGCUGAUGAUACAUGAUAGCAUCUAUGAGAUAUUAGACCCUCAAGUAGUCACCGAGGGCAUGGAGAAUGUGAACGAAGUUGCGGCACUGGCAUCGGAAUGCCUAAGUUUGAAGGGGGAAGAGAGGCCAACAAUGAGGCAAGUGGAGGUAAGACUGGAAAGGAUGUUAGGCUCAAACAAAGACAGUCUACAAGGGCUUUCAGCUGAGCUGCACAGUCCACAAACUCAACUCAACAAUCGCAACACUACCGAGCUAUACAUCAUGGAACAGGAUUUCUUGCUAUCGGCAAGCUUUCCACGGUGAUCUUACCUCUCAAUGUCCUUACUGGUGGUGGUGUUUGAGGUAGCUGAGAUUGAAGUACUCUGUUAUCUGAUUGUUGUGAUAGCUAUUUAGGAAUA